AUGUGGGCCUUACAUGAUGUGUCUUUGUUCACUAGGUUCACCCUAACCUCCUCUACCUAUAUUCUUGUCUAUGUGGAUGACAUCCUUGUCACAGGAACCUCUGAGGCCAAAAUCGCAUCCCUUGUGUCACAGCUCAACAACACCUUUUCUCUCAAAAACCUUGGUGAAAUGCAUUAUUGUUUGGGCAUUGAAGUCAGGAGAAGUCCUUCUAACACCAUCAUCCUAUACCAAACAAAAUACAUUAAAGACCUGUUACAAAAAGCUUAUAUGAGUGCUUCCAAGCCUAUGCCUACACCCAUGAUCUCAAAUUUGAAACUCUCUGCCACUGGAGAUACCAUCUUCAAUAAUCUGACGCUGUAUAGAUCCAUAGUUGGUGGUCCCCAGUAUACCACUGUCACAAGACCAGAAAUUACCUAUGAUGUCAACAAAGUAGCUCAAUUCCUCUAA